AUGGUGUUGGCGGAGCUCGGCGGGAAGAUUACCCGCGCCUUGCAGCAGAUGAGCAACGUGACGAUCAUCGAUGAGAAGGCUCUGACCGAAUGCUUGAACGAGAUCACUCGCGCUCUGCUCCAGUCCGAUGUUUCAUUCCCCCUUGUGAGGGAGAUGCAGAGCAAUAUUAAGAAGAUCGUCAACCUCGAGGAUCUAGCAGCCGGCCACAACAAGCGACGGAUCAUCGAGCAGGCUAUCUUUAGUGAGCUCUGUAAAAUGCUGGACCCAGGAAAGCCUGCAUUUGCACCCAAAAAGUCUAAACCUAGUGUAGUUAUGUUCGUCGGAUUACAAGGUGCUGGAAAAACCACAACGUGUACAAAGUAUGCUUAUUACCAUCAGAAGAAAGGGUACAAACCAGCUCUAGUGUGUGCUGAUACUUUCAGGGCGGGAGCUUUCGAUCAGCUGAAGCAGAAUGCCACCAAGGCUAGGAUCCCCUUUUAUGGAAGGUACCUCAAAUCAAUCCCUUUACGGCGUUAUGAGAUCUUACGCUUGUCUUUGUAUCAGCCUUCUUCUUGCAUGCUUAGGCUAAGUACAAAGUGUAUCCUAUUGUUUGGUUUAGACUCUGAGUCUGAGGUUUGGUUUAGCUACACGGAAUCUGAUCCUGUGAAAAUCGCUGUUGAGGGAGUUGAUAGGUUCAAGAAAGAAAACUGUGAUCUUAUUAUUGUUGACACCAGUGGUCGCCAUAAACAAGAAGCUACCCUCUUUGAAGAAAUGCGUCAAGUUGCUGAAGCAACGAAACCAGAUCUCGUUAUAUUUGUUAUGGACAGCAGUAUUGGUCAAGCUGCAUUCGAUCAAGCUCAAGCAUUUAAGCAAAGUGUUGCUGUGGGAGCUGUGAUUAUCACUAAGAUGGACGGUCAUGCCAAGGGUGGUGGUGCUCUUAGCGCUGUUGCAGCUACAAAAAGUCCUGUGAUAUUCAUCGGAACAGGAGAGCAUAUGGAUGAGUUUGAAGUGUUUGACGUCAAACCAUUUGUCAGCCGUCUCUUAGGAAUGGGUGAUUGGUCUGGAUUCGUGGAUAAACUACAAGAGGUGGUGCCUAAAGACCAACAGCCCGAACUUCUGGAAAAGCUCUCUCAGGGUAACUUUACACUGAGAAUUAUGUACGACCAGUUCCAGAACAUACUGAACAUGGGCCCACUUAAAGAGGUUUUCCAAAUGCUUCCUGGAUUCAGUUCUGAAAUUAUGCCUAAAGGACACGAGAAAGAAAGUCAGGCCAAGUUAAAGCGAUACAUGACAAUGAUGGAUUCUAUGACAAACGAAGAGCUGGACAGCUCGAACACGAAGCUGUUUAACGAGUCGAGGAUGAUGAGGAUAGCGAGAGGGUCAGGGAGGAUUGUAAGAGAGGUGAUGGAGAUGCUGGAAGAGUACAAGAAGCUUGCAAAGAUAUGGGGAAACAUGAAAGGGCUAAAGAUCCCAAAGAACGGAGACAUGAGCGCACUCUCGAGGAACAUGAACGCACAGCACAUGAGCAAGGUCCUACCGCCUAAUAUGCUCAAGCAGAUCGGCGGCAUGGGCGGUCUCCAGAGUCUCAUGAAGCAAAUGGGUUCGGGCAAGGACUUGAUGGGAAUGUUCGGUGGCAAAGACAAGUAG